GCCGGCAGACACGAUCACGUACACACCGACACACGUGACCGCGUCAGCCUUCUCGCAUCAAACUCGAAGCCAGACGACAUUGGGGCCAAGACGGCAGUAGUCUCACGCAGCGUGCAGUCAGUUUGCAGACCGACACCGUAGCGAUCGGACGUGUGUUUCUGCGCGAAAGAUACAUCGUUACAUCUUGACUCGAGUAAUCGGGCGAUCAGCAAGGGGCUGACACAGACCAGUAACACGCAUCUACCUGUCAUCUGCUCCGGACAAUAGUUCAAGUUCAUCGUGUUUCUCCACCGAGGAAGAACGAGUCCGAUGGAUUCGCGUAUUUGAUCUACGCAAAUUUCUACGAUUUCACGCGAAAACGCAGUCAGUGCUAUCGUUAGUUUUUCGACGUGUGCCUUUUUUCCCUACUCUUUCCAUCGGACAAAGAGAGAAAGAGAUCAUACAAUUUCACGGAGAAACGGAUACUGUUUUUUGCCGCACGUUACGAAGAUACUCUGUUUUUCUUCGUACUUUUUUCUUUUUUUUUUUGGUAUUAUAAUAUUUACCGUUUAGUGUGACAUAAAUAACACGAUACGAUACCGUCACUCUUGAGGGAUUCGCUUGGAUUUACCCGUGGAAGAGGGAGAACGGUUUCAAUCGCGAGCCGCGAUAACAGGCGUUAUUAUGACGGUGACUCUCGUUACAUUGGUUCGACGAACGGGAUACUCCACGCUGAGCCAGUGACUAUCUCCGUGUCUCGCGGAUAAACUAUACGUACUAUUCAAUCGUUUGCUAAUCGACGAGUGCAACGCACCGUCCGCUUUCAUCAAGUUCGACGGGGAAAAGUAGUGGAUCGCUGUUCCAUCGUUCGAUCGUGUUCGACAGAAUCUUUCAAAAUUGAUGUACUAAGAAGACAAAUUAUGGUGGCAGAAAUUGUCGCCCGUCAGAGUGGAUCGCCCAUCAAUGGUGAGACCGCGUGCCUGAACAGCAAUAUGCCGGCCACUCACACGAUAGCGCACACGAGCCACGGCGGCCACGGUGGCCACGACGCCCACGGGCCCCUGCCGCCCCUCACCCACCCGGUCCAUCAUGGCGGGCCGCCGUUAACGUUGCAACAGCAGCAGCAACAGCAGCAGCACCAGCACCAGCCCCAACACCAACCGCCGCCGCCGCAACAGCAGCCCCCCCAGCAACACCAUCACCACCAUCAACCGCAACAACAGACGCAGCAACAGCAACAGCAGCAGCAACAGUCGCACCACCACCACGACGCCCAACAGGUGACACAUCCAGAAAAUUUCCCCCCGAACUUCGACAUCAGAAAAGAGCUAUUUUCCCAGCGCAAGCAACGGGAGUUCAUCCCGGACAACAAGAAGGACGACAGCUACUGGGACCGCAGAAGGCGUAACAACGAGGCGGCCAAACGAUCGCGAGAGAAGAGGCGUUUCAACGACAUGGUGCUCGAGCAGCGCGUGAUGGAGCUCAGCAAGGAGAAUCACAUUCUGAAGGCGCAGCUCGAGGCUAUACGCGAUAAAUUCGGCAUAUGCGGCGAGUCCGUGAUCAGCACCGAGCACGUGCUGGCGGCGUUGCCAACUGAGCCGCCGAUAGGCGUGAAAAGGGCGAAGAUACCGCCCUCUGCGGCCCUCCUCUACGCGAGAACGCCGAGCCCUGUCCACACGUCGGUCAUACAUCAGCCGGUAAGCGGCGCGAGAUCGCCGAGAUCGCCGGCGCAGUUGUACGUGGCCGAGACGCCCUCGUAUCCUGAAACGGAGAGCUUCCAAUACACUUACCCCCACCCGGCCAUGCAUCUGGACACGACGAGCGCCCUCAACCUGUCGCGCGGCCGACGCGCCCAGUCGCCGUUCGAGUUGUCGUCCGGGAGCGGGGACGAGGGGCCCCAAUUGGUCGUGAGCUCGCAAAAUCCGGCCGCCAACAACAGCCUACCUCACAAACUGAGGCACAAGUCGCGCAUAGGCGACAAGGACGCGGCGAGCGCUCUGCUGGCCCUGCAGGGUAUUAAACAGGAGCCGGGGCCGAGGGCGUCACCGCCGUGGGACAACGAGGGCUCGAGCGACGAACGCGACUCGGGCAUCUCAUUGGGCGCCGAGUGGACCGGCUCGACCGUUUCCACCGUACCCGAGAACGAGAGGGAGGUGAAGUCGAGGCUGGAUCGUCUCGCCUCCGAGGUGGCGUCCCUGCAAUCGAUACUUCGCAUCGGGAAACCGGCGGAGAGCAGUCUGGUCACGGGUCACUCGUUACCCCCGAACGCCGCCGUGAACGGGCCGUGAAACGAGCGGGCCUCGUCGUAUCUUCUUCAUUAGAUUUCUCGGGCGAAGCAACGUUGCUCUUCGAGAGGAGCUACUUGUAUCGCGACGAUUUCUCGAACGCUCUUCGAGAAUGGCGAGAGAGAGAGAGGGAGAGAGAGAGAGAGAGAGAGACUUCUCGAUCGCACGCGCAAACGAACGUGACGAUGACGAUAUUGAUUGAUAGAUGGCAGUAGCAGUCGAGUGAUCGUCGCUUGAUUUAUACGUCGGUUUUUCUUCAUAUAUGCGUAUAAAGGAAUCGAAGCAGAGAGACGAAGAGGAACAAGUGUACAUCUGUCGAACGAUUACGAUUACCAACUUUUUUGCAGUAUUGGAUCAACGUGUACUUGUUUUGGUAACCAAUGGCGGCCAAUUACGAAUUACUGUUUCUUCUCUUGUUUCUAAUAAGGACUAAGGAACUAAAUACGAUCGACGAGACGAAUCGAGGAUGCGUUUCUCUGUUUUUUUUUUUUUUCGGGUGCCCUGUUUGCCAAAAUGGGACUCCCUCUUCUGUCCCACGGUAUCGUAAGGAUUAGAUGAUAAGAAAGAUGCGAUAUCUGUAGGCUAUAAGUAACUUAUGUAAGUAAGACUUUCUUAGGAUAUUUUCGUUUAAUUAUUACUAUUAUUAUUAUUAUCAUUAUUAUUAUCAUUAUUAUUAUUAUUAUUGUUAUUAUUAUUAUUAUUAUUAUUAUCAUUGCUGUUCAUUAGCGAGUUCAUUUUACUUGAUUGGAAAAAUGGUGCGGCGACUAAUCAGGCCGAUAAUUCUAUUCGUGCACUUAGAUUCGAAGCAACGAUUCGAAUAGCUCGAAGAUUCGAUAUAUUCAAUUCGACGCGACGAUUCUUUUGGGGCGGACGAGAAAACCGACCCUCGUCGAUUCGAAGAUCUUCGGACGACUCUUCGUUUUUUUAAUUUAUCCUCGUUGAAUUAAAAUUCUGAUUAUAAUAUAUUGAUAUAAACGCGUCUCGUAAUAAAAUUUAAAAAAAAAGAAAAAAAGAACCAAAAAAAAAAAAAAAAAAAGAAAGACUUCGAAGAUCUUCCGAUUAACGAGUCCAAGGAGUUUCUCUUCGUUAAAAAAAAAAAAAAAAAAGAAAAAAAGAAUGAAUUUAUUUUUCGAUUAAUAAUUGGUCGCGCAACCGGCUAUCUCACUACCGCCAGUUAAUCCUUAAACGAGUUAACCUUUUCGUUUCUCUUACAAACGUUAUCGAGCAAAGCAAUAACAUCUUUGUAUUAUCGUUCAUGAUCUCUUCUCUUUUCUAAAAAAAAAUCGUUCAAUGUUUUGCGCGGCGCAACAUUGCCACGGAUUCGUGGUAAAAUCUACCGGGAAAGCUAGCUGUUUAUUGACGUUCCAACGCGUGGCUUCGAUCCCGGUUUAUUUGCACGAUCCGACGAUUCUUCUCUGUCGUCCUCCUCCAAGUCCUCGAAAGCGCUACUUAAUGUCUUCUCCUUGAAAUUUCAACCUUGCCACACAAGUCGAUCCACAAACAACGCGAAUUCCCAUCCCGAUGUAAUACGUCAAUUACGCCUCGAAGACAUCAAUCAAAGAGCCUUUCCAUUCAUCAACCGCGUUACCUCGUCGAUAAAUCUUUUCUUUAUUAUAUUUCUUCAAAUCAUCUUCUAUCUCUUUCUCUUUUAUUCUUUCUUUCUUUCUUUUUUAAUUUCUUUUUAUACAUAUUUGUUAUUAAGCUAUUAAUGUGACCACGUGUAUAUAUAUAUAUAUAUAUAUAUAUAUACGUAUAAACGAGAAAAUGUUUUGAAUUUGUUCUUCGUUCGCUGGUGCUUCGUGCUAUCGUCGAGAAACGAAGGAUCGAGCGGAAGAAACGAGACGUUAUUUCGUUUUUUUUUCUUUUUCAUCGUCUAUUCGGUUCUUUUUCUUUAUUCGUUGAGACGGAUGGACCGUUGUCCGGUACCACGUGGUAUCUAAAGUAUUAAGCGAGCCUAUAGGUGUUAUGUAAUAUAUAGGGCACAUAAGCAAGGAAUAUACAUAUAUACAUAUAGGUAUAUGCAUAUACAUAUGAUAUAUAUAUAUAUUUUUUUCAAAUUAACGUAUUUUUCGAUAUCGUGAAAAUAUAAGAGGAACAGUCUCUGUGUAUGGUAUGUGUGUGUGUACGUACGUACGUAUGGGUGUGUGUAUGCGCGAGUACGCAUGCGUGUCUGUGCAACGCUUUUGUGUCAUACAUAAAGAAAGGGCAUAACACGAUUCUUUGUUUGAUUUGAUCGCACCGAAGAGAUCGAAAUCUGUUGGAAAGGAGAGAAAACCUGUAGGAGAGAGAGCGCGCGCUAUAAUCGAAGGGAUUUCUCUUUUCGAAAUUUCUAGAGGACGAUCGGAAGGCGUCGAUCGAACGCGUCAUUGAUUCGCUACGAAAUUCGAGGAUGAAAAACCAAAGCGAUGGAUCGCGUUGAAGAAAGAUGGCGCUCGAUUCGUCGUAACGUACGUAUCUGUUAAUAUUUAUUAAAGUUGAAGAAAGGUGGAGAAUUUCGAAAUGACACGUUCCGUUCGUGCCUCCCGUUCGUGCUUCAGUGUGAUAAGCCACGAAACGUUAAUCUAAAACCACUAUAUUUGUAAAACAUACCUUUAUUUAUUAUUAAUCGUCUGCGCGGAGACACGUAAGAAAUAGUAUUUCGAGCAGAGAAUAAUAUAAACAUGAUAUAAUAAUAUACAAUAUACGUAUAGAUCAUCGUUGAUGAUCUCGAUACAUGUUUCUUUCGCUUAUCGAAAUACUAUUUUUUUUCGUCGAUCUGUCUAUCAUGGGAAACAAUUGCGCCAAUAAAGAUAAGUAUAAUUUAGACGAAUGAACGAUACAGCAUGUUAUUAUUACUGUUAAACGCGACGAUCGCACUACUUUAUGUGGCACUUAUAAUGUCGGAGCAAUUAUUAUUAUCACGGAUCGGUGGCUCAAAAUUACGAUAGCUCGAUCAUUUUCGAAAAAACAAAAAUCUCUGAUCAAACGUGUUACAGGGAUUUGCGGCGUAAGCGUGUUUCUUAUUGAUUUUUAAGACGCGUCACAAGACUGUAAUAAUCGUGAUCGGUGUUAUUCGACGGAAGGAUCUCGUAUCUGUGUUUAUUCCGCAUACUUUCUACGCAUCUUAUUUUCCUAUUUUCCCUUUGUUUUCACUCGUUGUUUGUAUCUUUUUUUACGUUACUUUCCUCGCGUGAAUUUUUCUAUAUUUUAUACGACACGUUUAUAUCAUUAUCUAUUACCAAUUUUCUACGAAUUAUCGCCGAUAACGAUGCUCGAUGAAUUAGUUUUUCCUUUUCAUUUGCCGCCCCUCGAGUUACGCAGUUUUGCUCAGAGUGUGGAAACAGAGUCAUUAUAAAGAUCACACGUCGAAGUAGUGGGACGAGUUGUGUACGAUUUAAUAAGUUUCUUUCGUCAACUGUCGGACAAACGUGCUUUUAUUUAUAAUAAUAUUUCGAUAUAAAUAUAGUUUCUUUUCUUUCUCUCUUCCUUUCUUUGAUUCGUUAAACAAUGGAACCUGGUCUGGUUUCAUACGACUCGAUAGAUCUGCACUGUUCCGCAGUUGAUUUAUUGUAACAUACCACGAGUGCCUACAAUAACAGCUGUAUGUUCUCUCCCAUAGUCCAUGGGAGUAAAGUUUCGGAUAUUUUUUUUUUUUUCAACAGCUUGAGAUUAAAAGCACACACAGUUUAUCGAGAGAGAAAAGACGAUGUUCGAAAAGGAGAGGAACCCGUAUAUAUUUUGUAAAUAAUGAACGUGUUAACUCGUGAUCGUGAUCACGGAGAGAAUGCCACAAUGAACUAUGCGUGUGUGAUGAUCGUCGCAACGUUCUCGCUCGCAAAUUCCAAAUAAUCUUUUUAUCUCACGAUUACUUGCCCUACAGAAAGAAAAAUGUUACCUUCGACCACGGCGAAUCUAUAAAUCGAUAUUUGUACAUAAUACUGCACUUUUUUUUUUCUCUCUCUUUCUUUUGCCAAAAAAAAAAAAAAAAAAAAGAAAAAAAAAGAAACACGCUACUCGUGUGCCGAUGAAACUAUCAUGGCAAAUAUCAAAGGCGUUAAUAAAUAUCGGCCGGAGAAGGAAUAUUCUACAAAUAGCAUUUUUUUUGACAUCUAUCGUGUCUCUCCUCUUAUAUAUUUGUACUCCUGAAAUAGCUUCUUUGAGGACGUUUCAAAUACAGUUCCUAUACAGUAUGGUAAAGCGACUUAGAGACUCGGUCGGCCGUUGUCCACGUUAAACAUGAUUCCAAGACAAAUUUCGAUCCUUCUUUCUCCGGCUGUACGGAGAUAUAAGUAUUUAGAUCUAAGGGACAUAUCCACAGCGUGUAGUGUACUUGUAUAUGAAUAAAUAUUUUCAAUGUUUUUGACAAUA